UAAGAGAGAAGGAGGGGCAAAUCAGCGGUGGGGGCACCCCAUCGGCCAUCGCUCCCUCUGGCGACCUCGUGGAAGGCUUCUGGUCUCUGGGUUGCAGUGGCUGGCGGGGUCUCACCCCACCGAUCUGCCUCCCUGGGAACAAGAAACGGCCGGCAGAUCAGACACCGAUGAACUUGAGAACAACCUCAUGUUUUGGACGCUCCUGAAGUUCGGUAGUAGGAAGUAGGAACGAUGGGCUCUCUCGGGAACAGGCCCCACGCAGUCGUCGUUCCAUUCCCAGCUCAAGGUCACAUAACCCCGGCGCUUAAGUUGGCGAAGCUGCUCCACCACCGGGGCUUCCACAUCACAUUUGUUAACACAGAAUUCAACCACCGCCGCCUCCUCAAUUCCAGGGGCCCCAGCUCCAUGAAGGGCCUCCCGAGCUUCGGGUUUGAGACGAUACCCGACGGCCUCCCUUACUCUGAGGCCAACGCCACGCAGGAUGUCCCCUCCCUCUGCUACUCCACCCAGCGGAAUUGCUUGCCAUACUUUAGGGAGUUGCUCUUGAAAUUGAACAACACGGCUUCUUCUAGUGAGAUCCCGCCAGUGAGUUGCUUAGUCACGGACGGGGGGAUGACGUUCACGUUGGAGGCGGCGGACGAGAUUGGGGUGCCGAAGCUGAUUUUUUGGACUGCAAGUGCUUGUGGGCUCUUGGGCUACUUGCACUUCAAGCCUUUGAUUGAGAAGGGCAUUGUUCCAUUCAAAGAUGCGUCUUUCCUGACAAAUGGGUGCCUGGACAACCUCUUGGACUGGAUUCCCGGUUCGAAAGUUAUGCGCUUGAAGGACAUGCCGAGCUUUGUUCGAACCACAGACCCUGAAGAUAUCAUGCUGAAUUGGUACCCUAUCGAGGCCGAGAGAAAAAAACAAGCCUCUGCAAUAGUCAUCAACACAUUAGACGAGUUGGAGCACAAUGUGCUAGAGGCACUUAGGACCAUGCUCCCCCCAGUGUACACAAUCGGACCCCUGCAGCACCACCUAGACCAGGUCCCCGACCCCCAACUGAAAUCCAUUGGAUCCAAUCUAUGGAAAGAAGAUCGAGGGUGCUUCCAGUGGCUCAACACCAAGGCACCUAAUUCGGUCCUUUUAGUGAACUUUGGGAGCUUGACAGUCAUGUCAUCGGAGCACAUGGUUGAGUUCGCAUGGGGACUCGCCAAUAGCAACCAGGCCUUUUUGUGGGUGAUUCGGCCCGACCUUAUACUCGGUGAGUCUGCCAUUUUGCCACCAGGUUUUGUCAACGCGACCGAAGGAAGGGGUUUAAUGGUGAGCUGGGUCCCCCAAGAGGAGGUGCUCAACCACCCAGCGGUCGGGGCAUUCCUGACCCACAGUGGAUGGAACUCGACGCUCGAGAGUGUGUCUGCAGGCGUGACAAUGAUCUGCUGGCCGUUCUUUGCGGAGCAGCACACGAACUGCAGGUACUGCUGCACCGAGUGGGGGCCAAUAGGGAUGGAGAUCAACAGUGAUGUUAAGAGGGAUGAAGUGGAAGGGCUAGUGAGGGAGAUGAUGGAGGGAGAGAAAGGGCAGGAGAUGAGAAACAAAGCCAUGGAGUGGAAGAAAAAAGCCAGAGAAGCUACCAUGGCUCCUUCCGGGUCAUCUUACGUUAAUCUUGAGACCGUGAUCAAUAAGGUGUUACUUGCGCCGAGGAAGUCCUAAGUUGUUUAGGAAUCAUAAUAUAUAGAACCAAGACAAAGAAUAAGGACUAAAAAUUGGAUAUACAGAUGGAGUUUACGCAUCUCAAAAGAACAGACAAACAUUGAGAAUGAAUUCAGGCCGAAGUUGUGGAAGAACUAGCUAUCUUAAAGGUUACAUUAGCAUCAAAAGAGGGAAUAGCACAGUGGUACAUCUCUCGCAUGGUGACUAAGAGGUUACGAGUUCGAUAUCCAGUGGGACUAUCCGUGUCCCUUCAUUAGAUAUUUACGAUUUCUAUUUCAAUAUAUUUGGUCCAUGAAAACCCCUUGCAACCGAAGAAUACAUGAAAGAACGGUAGACCUAAUGGUUCGAGAUAUUCCAUAAAUUAGCGAAUUCUCAAUGUUUAUCUCC